CUGCGGGCGAAGGCUGAGGUCGCCCGCGCCCGGCGCGAGAGGCGCGGAGGAGGCGUUUUCCUGGAGCUCUUCGCAGGGGCCAAGCGGAUCGCUGCUCAGUUGCGUGGCUUGGGCGCCGCCGUCGUGACCCUCGAGAUCGCCGACUGCCCGCUGCAGGAUGCGUGCCUCGCCGUAGUGCGCUCUCUGCUGCUCGCCGGGAUCCAGCAGGGGUUCAUCGGAGGCGCGUGGCUGGGUGCGCCUUGCUCGUCGUGGGGCGCCGCUCGCCGAGGACAGCCUGGGCGCCCCGGCGGCCCACUUCGAGCCGCCGGCUGCGUUUGGGGGCACCCCGACGCGCUGCGGCGCCCCGCCGACCGUUCGCGGAUCGAGGUCGGCAACGCGACGGCCAAGUUUUCGCUGGCCAUCAUCUCAGCACGCACGACAAAGAAGGUCGCUGUCAUCCUGGAGAACCAGCUGGUCACCCUCGACUACUGCCAGAACGGUGCCACCUUUCGCAAGCGGACCCGGCUGCAGGCCUGGCACGCGGGCGACCUCAGCCCCCUCCGCCGGGUGUGCUCCGGGCGACGCGGGCUGUGCUCCCGGACCAAUAGGCCUCACGUGGUGCUGGAAGGCACCAAGAUGACGUGUGCUGCAGUCGCCUACCCCCAG